AUGAACAGAGGAAACCGUGGAAACUUUUCUCGUGGUAAUUCCUCCAACUAUGGAGACAGAGGAGGAUACCGAGGUGGCGGACGUGGAGGUGCUUUCAGAGGAAUGUCACGCCGCGCACCUUCCUUUGAGGAUAUUCCAAUCAAUGCGCCAUUAGACUUGAGCUCUCUGGGAAUCCCACUCAAAAAUAACUCGACAUUUACGCCUAGGAAGCCAGUUGCUAAUCGUAAAGGAUGUAAGGAAAUACCAUUACUAACUAAUGCGUAUGAGUUGAAGGUUAAACCUUCGAAGAUAUACCUCUAUGACGUUGCGUUCUUCCUGAACUUUGAAGAUGGUUCAAGAUCAGAACUCAUUCUGAAUAGAGACGAUUCUUCAUCUCAGAAUUUGUUUGAGUUGAAGUUUUACAUAAUGAAGAAGGCUAUGGAGGAUAAUAAUAUGUGUGAAUCGGGCAAACCUUUUGCUUAUGAUGGAAACAAAUUACUCUACACUUACAAGGAAAUUUCCAAACAUUUGCCAAAGGAAGGUUUCUUGACACUGAGUCCUGAUGAUUUCGCUGAACCAUACAAAAAGCUCUUGACUCUCAGAAACCUCAAAAGUCUGGAUUUGAUUAUUCAGAAAGCCGAUGGCCAUUCAGAAAUUCAAUCUACGAGUUUCGAAAGUUCACAGAUGGAUGGCAAGUUAAACUCUUCUGAUUGUUCGCACAGCCAGGCGUUUGAUAUAAUCACUAGUAUGAAAGCAGCCAGCACAGGGGAUUUCUUAUUCUUUGGUGGAGGAGUCAUAUAUCCCAAAGAUCAAAAUUGUGAUAUAACUCCUGAUAUGCAGAUGAAAUAUGACGGUUUGAGGAAAUCAACAAGAAUUAUUGAAGGAAAACUGAGAAACAAAAUUGUACCAGUCAUACUGAUGGAUUAUCGUAUGGGACAGUUUUUACCACAAAUGCUUCUUCGAGAUUAUAUUGCAAACACAGCUCGCAAUGUCAGAGCCAAUAUAUCUAGUGGGAUUCCACCUACCGUUCAAGCAAAAGUAAAACAAUCCCUAAACGGAAUCCGCUUGGAAUCUCAAACACGAAAAGAAUCUCUGACUUUCAGAAAGUUUUCAAACGAAACUGUUUCACAGCUGGAAGUUACGAAGACAACCGAUAAAGGAAAAGUUAAAGUUCCUCUGGCAUCUUUGUAUGAGAAUAUUAGAUGCCAAAAAAACUUCCCUGCUGUUGUUUCUGCAAGAGAAAAGAAUGGACGUUUCACACCGAUGAUGAACGUUAUUGAGGAUUUGUCUAUUGCUCCUCACCAACGAGUGAGAUUAUCGAGGUUUUCUAAAGCUUCCAAAAAUCAGAUCCAAGCUGAACGACCACAAGUUCGUCAUGAUAAAACCAAUUGUAUGGUUAAAAGAAUAAAAUUGGAUGGAUCUCAGAAUGAGGUUUUAGAUAGUUUCCAACUAUCCAUCCAGAAAGAUCCGAUGGUGGUACAAGCUUUCUAUCGUCAAAAUCCCCAACUCAUAUAUGCGAAUGGAAUAACGAAAACGCCCAAUGCGGAUGGUGCUUGGAUGGCAAAAGACAAAUUUUUCAAGCCAGCUGAAGGAUUCCAAAUAAUCGCGUUGUUCGACGUGCCCGAGUUCCAAGAACUUGUUAGUAAUUUCAUCGAAAAUGUUAGGAGGGAAUUACAAAGUAAGGGAUCAGUAUUCCAAAACGUUCGGUCGAAAUGCAUUAGAAGAGAAGAAUUAGAAAAGGAGUUCGAACUUAUCGACACCGAAAAGAAGAGAACCAUCCUUUUUUACGUAGCAGACGAUGACGACAUUCAUGGAGAAUUAAAAUACUAUGAGAGGAAGUAUUUGAUUCCUACUCAACAUGUUCUUUCGAAGAACAUUAAAAAUGAAAGAGGAGAACCACUUGUUAAGCCAAUGACGUUAUCCAACAUUUGUCUCAAGACCAACCUGAAAACUGGUGGGUUAAACCACACCAUUAAGCCCGAUGUGCACAGCUCGAAAAUUUGGAUAUCAGAUAAGAAAACUCUUGUGAUCUCUUAUGUUCUACACAGAGGUCAAAGUGGGUAUGACGAAUCUAUGCAGUUUCCAAGUGUUGUUGGGUAUUCGUUUAAUGGCUCCACCCUAAACGAAAAUUUCAUUGGAGAUUUUCAUCUCCAAGACCCUCAGAAUCAAUAUGUCGAUUUGACAGUUUUAAACAAAAUAAUCACGCAUGUAUUGAAUUUGUUUGUAAGAAGCAACAAGCAUGUUCCCGAAAAAAUCAUUCUACUUCGAGAAGGCGUGGCCGACUCGCAAUUCAGCUAUAUUGUGGAUAAUGAAUUGGUUGAAAUCAAGAAGAGCUGUACUGAGUACGCUAGAGCUCAUAAUCUGUCAAAUUGGAAACCACUGUUUCAAUUCAAUUUGGUCACAGUUAUGCACAAUGUCAGAUUUUUCCGUUUCCGAGAACGCUGCUCAUCUGAGCCCUCCAGAGGAGUGGAGAGAGAAGUUCAUAAUGUGAAUGUAGCUACUGUCAUGGAUUGUCAGAUUGUUCGUCCUAAUAUCACAGAGUUCUUUAUGCAGGCUCAUAAAGUAAUCAAGGGCUCUAGCAGAAUCCCCUUGUAUACGACUUUGAUAGAUGAAAUGAAUUGGUCUAUGGAUAGUUUACAAUCAUUCAUGUUGGGCUUAUGCUUCACUCAUCAGAUUAAUGAAAAACCAAUAUCUCUUCCGGAACCUCUAUACCAAGCUAAGGAAUGGGCUAAAAGAGGACGUGAUAUAGCUCUUUUUUAUAAAUGUCGUAUUGGAACUUUAGGAGCUGACUAUGAAGAACUUACCCGUAAAUUCGGCUAUUCCGGAACUCGUUUGGAAACAUUCCGUCUGAAUGCAUGA